CGAGCACCCAAAGUUGGCCAUUUCGAGUUCGACCACGUACAUCCUGGUGAAUAUCGUCUCACCAUUCUCUUCCACGAGAAAGAUGCUGUUCUGGCCAUGGAUGGAUGGUGCUGGUCUCCAGUGGACCAAAAUACCCGAGAGGAGAGCACAAGUUCUCGCCUGAUACGUGUUUCUCAAACCGAUUUGACAUGGAAGGAAGAACCGGCACUCAGUUUUAUUCAGUCUGGAUUCGCCUUACGUGUGCACUAUGAUUUGCCGACUGCAAUUUUGCCCACUUCCCAACCGGAUCUAAUCUUGUCGUCCACAAGUGAAGAAUUGUCCGAGGCACAAAACACUAGCAAGUCCGUUACCCAGUUGUAUUGGAAACUGACGGAGCGUGCGACCAAGAUUUGUCUUCCUUCGGCCGCUGCACUGUACAACCUCGAUGCUACCAGUUCUUGUGUCCAGCUCGAUCAGCCCUCGUUGACCCAGAUUUUGCCCGGUCGUGACUGCGCUCCAAUCCUCGCCCGAAGUCCUCUAGUCCGUGUCGGGGUUGCACGAGUGCCUGUGCUCAUUCAGUUGACCUAUCAACACCCCUAUGUCUCGACCGAUCGAACCGUCCUGACCAAGAACCCAAUCCGAGUGGAUGUGACGCAACCGGCUGAUUCGUCGAACGCAGGAAGAACAGAGAAAAUUUCCGCUCAUUGGUCUAACUCGCAGCCAACCGAUUCGCCUCCGGUUGCUCAGGCGGUUGCCUGGAUCGAUGUUUAUCAAUCUGUUCACAUCAAACCGCAUGCAGCCAAAGCAAUUCCCGGUAGAUGGUUCUACACGUACUUGAUUCGCACGGAUCCGGUCACUUUGAAUGCAUCCGUCCCCGCUGAGAGCGUCGUGGAACCGCCGACACCACAAUUGUUCACAUUUGUUCACUCGACUACUUCACCCCCGGCGGCCACAGCGACCGCGCCAAAGACUCCAACGGAUUUCACACGUUGCAGCUCGUUGUUCCACACGGAUCUCACAGUUCAGUUCACAUUGGAUUUGGGUGUGACACUUUUCGGAGAGACACAUCCGAUUGUGCAAAAGGCCGAGGUGAAACUAUUCGCGAAGUCCACUCGGCUCCCUGGGGAUUCAUCCAUUCCUCUGACGACCGAACCACUUCUCCCUAUUCACCCAACUGGAACGAGUAGCACAGGAUCCCGAGUACAGUCCGCGGAAGUGGAUGUGAAUCAAACCACCGGCGCCGGUGGCGUGAAUUCCGAACCGCCUCGUCCGAUCGAGAUUGUGAUCACCGAUCUGGAUGGGACUUUCCUGUUCGGCCCAGUCCCCAUUCCCCCACAGUUGGUAUCAGACCAGUCCGGAUCACCACCAGCUCUCUAUCGUUUGCCCACAGAUCCAACCGAAUGGUUCACAGUCGAGUUGAGCAAACCUGGAUAUGAGUUUACAGCACUGAAGCGGGUCCCGUCCGGUUCAUCCUCCCCGACCGCAUCCAAUUGGCGAUUUAAAGCAACCAAACUGUCCCUGGUGGAGGUUGUAGUGCGUCACGCAGACGAACGGGCCACAUCCGACCGGGCCUCUGAGAUUCCUCUACAAGGUGUUUUGGUUUCCAUCAUUGGUGAGGGUCAUCGAGGCAAUGAAUUUACCGAUAAAUCUGGUCUGGCCCAUUUUGUUGGACUUGCACCUGGUCAAUACUAUCUCCGUCCGAUGAUGAAAGAGUACUUCUUUACCGUGAUCAAACCGAAAGCGGAACAGGCUGGUCACGCGAGUCCAAUCACCGUGUCCGAAGGUGUCACUGUACGAGUCGAAGUGAUGGCCAAACGUGUUGCGUUCUCACUCUCCGGAUUGGUGAGUUGGAGCUGA